AUGUUCAAAUACGUUGUCGUUGCCGUCUUGGCUUUGGUGGCUAGCGCCACAGCUGCACCAGGAUACUUGAGUGGCGCGCAUGGCGGCGCUCUUCUGGGUGGCCUGCACUCUGGUCCAGCUCUGUCGUUGGGUCACACCGCACCAGCCCUCUCGUUGGCGCAUGCAGCGCCUGCCAUCUCUUAUGGCCAUUCUGCACUCGCUGCUCCAGCAAUCUCCUAUGCCGCUCCGGCCAUUUCGCAUGCGCCAGCCAUUUCGUAUGCCGCCCCAGCCAUCACGAAAAUUUCUGCUGCACCAAUCCUCUCGCAUGCCUCCAUUGCUGGUCCAUCCUUGGGACAUGGUUUAGGUCUUGGUUACGGACUAGGACCUGGUCUUGGAUUGGGUCAUGGUAUUGGAUUGGGUCAUGGUCUUGGAUUGGGUCAUGGUCUUGCAUUGGGUCAUGGCUGGUAAAUUUGAGUCGCUGUGGAGG